CGUGCGCCUAUGUUUAGAUUGUUGCAGUGUUCGAACGAGCUCAUUCAGAAUCGUUUAGUGGUUCGCGUCUCGCUCGUAUUUUCGGUGUCCACAUGUGAAAAUAUCGAGAUAUUUAUUUCCGAGACGUAAAAUAUCGUUCGUAAAACUUGACUGUCCUACGCAGUAUCGUACGUGCGGCAAUUCCCAAACUGCCAUUUGCCGAGUGUAAUAGUGCAAAGUUUUAAAGUGGCUACGUUAUGAGGGCCGGCAUCGAUUUUCCUCUAACCGGAUUACACAAUGAUAAGAAGUAGUCUGAGACUCAGUCGGCGCGUAGCUACUCUGCCGUGAGCACCGCGGGGCUUCAUGACUAAGUGCAGGUCAGUGUGGUAGGCCUACCUAUGAGGCGAUGUGAGGCGAGUGCGCGGGUCUCCUCUCUGACCAGAGAUGCUGGACGUGUUCCGGGGGUUGAAGAACCUGAUCAAAGUCAGCCACAUACACAUCGACUCGCCCAUAUUCCGGUUGCACUACAGCAUCACGGUGAUGAUACUGAUCGCCUUCAGUCUCAUUGUGACCACCAGACAGUACGUGGGCAACCCUAUAGACUGUGUGCACACCAAGGACAUACCCGAGGAUGUGCUCAACACAUAUUGUUGGAUACACUCCACCUACACCAUCAAGACCGCGUUCCGCAAGAAGGUGGGGGUGGUGGUGCCGUACCCGGGGGUGGACAACACCAGGGGCAAGCCGGAGGACAAGAAGUGCUACGGGUACUACCAGUGGGUCUGCUUCUGCUUGUUCUUCCAGGCGGUGCUGUUCUACACCCCGCGAUGGCUGUGGAAGCACUGGGAAGGUGGAAAGAUCCAUGCUCUUAUGAUGGAUCUAGACAUAGGCAUCUGCUCCGAGGUGGAGAAGAAGCAAAAGAAGAAGCUACUGUUGGAUUAUCUAUGGGAGAACCUGAGGUACCACAACUGGUGGUGCUAUAGGUACUACCUGUGUGAGCUGCUCAGCUUCGGCAACGUCAUUGGCCAAAUGUUCCUCAUGAACAAAUUUUUCGACGGUGCAUUCCUAACAUUUGGCAUCGACGUUGUCACCUUCAUGGAGAGCGACCAAGAGGAGAGGAUAGAUCCAAUGAUCUUCAUCUUCCCGAGGAUGACCAAGUGUACUUUCUACAAGUUCGGUGUGUCUGGAGAGGUGGAACGCCAUGACGCAGUGUGUAUCUUGCCUCUCAACGUAGUCAACGAGAAGAUCUACGUGUUCCUAUGGUUCUGGUUCCUACUCCUGGGCAUUCUCACGUCGGGUGUCAUAGUUUACAGGAUAAUAAUCAUCAUGAGCCCCCGUAUGCGGGUGUACCUGCUGCGGCUGAGGUUUAGGCUGAUCCGGAGAGAGGCCAUUGACGCCAUCGUCCGGAGGUCCAAGAUGGGAGAUUGGUUUCUCUUCUACAUGCUGGGUGAGAACAUCGACGCCAUCAUAUUCCGUGACGUCAUGCACGAGUUGGCUGCGAGGUUGGGCCAUAGCAAGCCGGAGCUGCAGGAGGCGUAACAUACGGCCCGGCCCUCCGUCGUGGCGCCGGCGACCAGGCGAUGCCGUACGCUGGAACCCCGCGGGUCUUCGCCACUGUCUGAGUGGAGGGCAGUCACCAAGAAAGACUUCCGGAGCGAGGAGAACUUCCCUUUGGUAGACGAGGGACGCCAAGACAUCUUCGUUGUCUAGGAACAUCUAAAGACACACCGUAAAAGGACCAAUCAAAGGACUUGGUCCAGAAGUGCAAUGCUCUUCGUUCUCUAAUUCUCUAAUCAUCGAAGAACUUUGACCUGCUAUUUUGUCCAUGGAAAGUACAUCUAGUCAAUUUGGGAUCUCUGUACGUGGAUAAGGAGCCAGUGAUUAAUGAUAAGGAGAGAAAUAAUUCAAGAAACCCGGACAAACCAUAUUCCAUACUCUAAUCGCGCAUUGCAACGAGCACUUCAAAUAGAACACUGCCUUAUGAAGCAAUUGGAGAAACUUGAUUCUUGUGAGUCAGAACAUUAAAGACCAAGUUGUACUGUUAUACAUUGUUACAGCGUUGCCUGUUUUGUAAUUUAAUUGAAAUAUAUCAAAUAGUGUUGUUUUU